CUCAGUAGAAAAACCCUAAAAAUUAAAAAUGCGGGAAAACAAAGGGCUUUCUUGUAUAUUUGUACCCACACUUCAAAGCGCUCUACAGGAAAUAAAGUUCUGAUUUUUAUGGAAUUGAGUUUCCAAACAGAGCUCUGUGGAAGAUUACUCCAUAACUUGGUACCACUAAAAAAGUGAAAUCCCAAACCAAGAACCGUGAUUUCGAACUCUCUUUGAACUUUCAGGAAUUGGGUUACAUUCAGACCAGGAAUAAGUGUGCUCUUUCAGGAAAAUCUGCAAAAUUAUGGAUGUAAGCUUUCCAUUAGACAGUGGCAAGAACCGAAAGUUCAGAAAGAAACAGAAUGCUAAGCAGAGAAGAAAGCAAAUUGACGAUUUACGUGACCUAAUUAUUCAGCACAUUUUGUCAUACCUUUCAACCGAAGAAGCUGUUAGAACAAGCAUAUUAUCAAAAAGAUGGAAAUACCUAUGGACAUCCAUCCCCAAACUUGAUUUUAAUGAAGGGGCACUGGAUAGGAGGAUAAUGUUCAUGAAAUUUGUGGAAAGAGUGCUUGCGCUUCAUGAUCCUUCAGAUAUAAAAAAAUUCUCUGUGUCAUGUAAUGUGCAAUAUGAUACAUCUCACAUUAACGCGUGGAUUUGUUCUGUCGUGAUGCAUAAGGUUCAAGUGUUAAAGCUGUAUCUUAGAAACUUUCAGGAAUUGUUAGCAUUGCUGCCAUGCUUAUUUACUUGUGAAUCAUUAGAAGUAUUGACACUUCACAUGUUCCACUCUCUCAAGCUCCCUUCAAGCAUUAGUUUUUCUAGUCUCAAGUUUUUGGCUCUUGAGAAAGUUAUAUUUUCCGAUGAUCAUUCAACACAACAGCUCUUUACGGGUUGCCCAAUCCUGGAGGACUUAUCUAUAAUUGACUGCAUUUGGAAAAAUGUCAAAGCUGUUUGUAUCUCUUCUCCUAUGCUUCAAAGGUUUUUCAUAACUGAUAAAUACCUAUUAGAUGAUGAAAAUGAUGAUAAAGAUGACCUGAAUGCUGAGGCAGAUGAUCAGAAUGAUUUUAAUGGUUGUCAAGUUGUGAUUUUUGGAACUAGUUUGAAAUCCUUUUCUUUUGAUGGUCAACUCAUAAAUGAUUAUUGCUUCUACAACCCAUCCUCAAUAGUAGAUGCGUCUAUUCAAUUCUUCGAAAGAGACGCAGAAUAUGAUUUCCUAGAUGCUCAUCGUGUAUUUAAGCUUCUUAGCGGGCUUGGUAAUGUGGAAAAGCUGACACUAGAUGUUGAUGCUCUUAAGGUUCUCAGUUAUGCAAAAGAGUUAUUUGCCCAUCUGCCUGUAUUUUAUGAAUUGACCAGUCUCAGUUUCGAAAGUGUGUUUCCAAUAGAAUUUGAUCUUGAGGCACUGCUGACCAUAAUCCGGAACUCUCCUUCUCUUAACUUUCUUAGUUUUGGGACGCAGGUCUGCUAUUGUGGAAAUCAUGAUUUGAUAAUGAACCCAGUGCCUUCAUGUUUCGUGACAAACCUCGAGACUAUCGAAAUUUUUGGCUUUUGUGGAGAUGAAAAAGAGAUGCAUGCAGUAAAGAUUUUGCUUGGAAGUGCGUCAGUUUUGAAGAGGAUUGUCAUUAUCUGUGAUGAAUUUUAUUUCGAAUCCCAUGGGGACUUAAAGAAGAAGCAAAAGGAAAUUUUUGAACAGAUACUGUUGUUCCCCAGAGGGUCAAGGAGCUGUACAGUACAUUUCCUUCUGGGUAUUUGUAAGGCUCCACGUUAUAGUGGCUAACUGACGCAUUAAAAUUAUGCCGUAUUUUUAAACUUCUUUAUUAACCUUUGCCUAUGUCAUCUU